UACUAAGUUCGCUGAUCAAUCCGCAAGAGAAAGAGAGGUUGUGAACGAUCGUGUUGGAAAGGGAUGGACGUCAAGAAAAGCUAUGAAGUGGAUGACGUUAACCUUGUAACCUCAUAACCUCGUAUUCAACUUAGAUUGCGAAAUCUUGGUGGAAACAAGCAAACAAUAAACGGAGGAGCAAUAAUGCCACCCUGCGGCAAAUCAUCCUGUUGACAUUUGUUACAUCUAGAAGACUAACCGAGCAGAGUCAUGAAAAGAGCACCGUGGACAACGUGCUUGCUGGUGGGGUUCCUCCUGCCGGCCUGCCAACCGAAUCCGCAUAAGGGUAGACAUCAUCCUCAAGAAUCUCACGCGGAACCUUUCCAUAUGUCCAGAGAUACGUUUGAUCCUCACCGAGAUUCUGAAGAAUUUAGAAGAGAAACUCCAGAAGAAAAACGGGAAUUUUCAAGGAGGGACUCAACAGAUGAUCCUUUAGUAAUUCAAACUAAAAAGGGUAAAAUUCGAGGAAUGACAGUAACAGCAGCAACGGGAAAACCCGUAGAUGCGUGGUUAGGGAUACCAUACGCCCAAAAACCAUUAGCAAACCUAAGAUUUCGUCAUCCAAGACCAAUUGAAAAAUGGGAUAACAUUAUGAACACUACGUCAUUGCCGAAUUCUUGUAUGCAAAUAAUCGAUACUGUUUUCGGAGACUUUCCCGGUGCAACCAUGUGGAAUCCUAACACACCAAGAAGUGAAGAUUGCUUAUAUAUCAAUGUGGUGGUCCCUAAACCUCGACCAACAAAUGCAGCUGUGUUAUUAUGGAUUUUCGGGGGAGGUUUUUAUUCGGGAACGAGUACUUUAGAGGUUUAUGAUCAUAAUAUUAUGGUUGCCGAAGAAAAUAUUAUUUUAGUUACGAUACAAUAUCGGGUGGCUUCCUUAGGAUUUUUAUAUUUUGGUACUGCUGAUGUUCCGGGAAAUGCCGGAAUGUUCGAUCAAUUAAUGGCAAUUCAAUGGGUGCACGAUAAUAUAGCGUUAUUUGGAGGAAAUCCGAAUAAUAUUACCUUAUUCGGUGAAUCCGCCGGUGCCGUAUCGGUGUCUUUACACCUUCUCUCGCCGUUAUCACGAAAUUUAUUCUCCCAAGCGAUAAUGCAAUCGGGUAGUGCGACAGCUCCCUGGGCAAUCAUAUCGAGAGAAGAAAGUAUCUUAAGAGGGUUGAGAUUAGCCGAAGCUGUAAACUGUCCAAGUGAUAGAUCCGAUUUGCAAGCGGUAAUUGAGUGCUUAAGAAAGAAAGAUUCAGCGCUUUUGGUUGAUAACGAAUGGGGCACUUUGGGAAUAUGCGAAUUUCCUUUCGUACCCGUUAUAGAUGGCGCUUUCUUAGAUGAACACCCGGUUAAAGCUAUGUUGAAUAAAAAUUUUAAGAAAACAAAUAUCUUAAUGGGAUCUAAUACAGAAGAAGGUUACUAUUUUAUUUUAUAUUAUCUAACCGAAUUAAUUCGUAAAGAAGAAAAUGUCUAUGUUAGCCGACAAGAAUUUAUACGAGCUGUUGCUGAAUUAAACCCAUAUUUUAAUCCAAUAGCUCGACAAGCAAUCGUUUUUGAAUACACCGAUUGGUUAAAUCCUGAUGACACCAUUAGCAAUCGAGAUGCACUCGACAAAAUGGUAGGUGAUUACCAAUUUACAUGCAACGUAAACGAGUUUGCAUACAGAUAUGCAGAAACCGGUAACAACGUUUAUAUGUACUACUAUAAGCAUAGAACGGUGAAUAAUCCUUGGCCAUCAUGGACGGGAGUUAUGCACGCGGACGAAAUCAAUUAUGUCUUCGGCGAACCAUUAAAUCCAACAAAAAUUUAUACGGCACAAGAAGUCGAUUUAAGUAAAAGAAUUAUGAGGUAUUGGGCAAAUUUUGCUAAAACCGGAAACCCUAGUUUAUCACCAAACGGAGUUUGGACACCGACUUUUUGGCCAACCCACACCAUUUCUGGCAGGGAAUAUCUUACGUUGGACGUUAACUCAACGGCAACCGGUCGAGGACCAAGAUUAAAACAAUGCGCGUUUUGGAAGAAAUAUCUACCUCAACUGACGCAAUCAACAGCUGAACUACAAAAAGAAUACAGCCCAAAAAAUUGCACAAACGAAGCAAAUGUGCUUAAAUCGAAUAUCAUCAUCAUCGGUGUCCCAGUCAUCUUUCUGCUGACAUCAAUAAAAAAUUCAUUCGGAAUCUAAUUUUCGAAUAAUUUAAGAAGAAAAAUUGGAGAUAACCACGAUGUAAAAUCGAUGUAUUGAAGAUAUGUAUGUAAAAAUGAUGGAUGAAAAUUGAUUAAAUACAAAAUGUAGUGAAAAGCGAUCGAUUUUCGCCACCAUAUUGGUGGUGACGAGCUCUAAAGUAGAAAAAUGAUUUUCAAAAGAAUCCUCCGAGCAGUUCAAAAUGUAAUCCCGCGCUUUUUUAAUGAAGAAUAAAAAUAUCAAUAGUACCACGUAAGAAAAAUGUAAAAGCUACAGUAGGGCUGGAAACAAAAAUUACCCAAAUAUUAAAAAAAUUACCUGAGGUAACUGCAAUGCGAUUUUGGAAUUGUAAAAUCGCUGCGAAAUCUAAUACUCAAUGAAAAAAUAAAAAAAAAACUAUUUUUCCGCUACAAAGAAGGUGAGACGGGAUAAAUUAAAUUAAAAAAAAAAUGUGUGUAAGAAAAUUGGACCAAACCAGUCCGGUGUGAAAAAAAAAUUUAUGUAAUUUUUAAUAAGUAAAUGUGCUAUAGGCCUAAAUUAAAUGUAGUAGUAGUUGCCAAAAGAAUAAGUAAAAUAAAACUUAAUAAAACAUAAGGAGAUAAAACUGUACAGUCACCUACCGGUUAGUUUAUAAAUAUUCACUAAUUAAUUGUCAAUUAAUAAAAAAAAAUGGUCGAAAAUAAACCUUAAAAACACAAAACUUUAUUUACAUAUCAAGAACAAGAAUCGAAACCGAAAGGUGACUGAAAAAAAAAACGAUACAGUUAGUGUACAUUUCAAAUCGAUGAGAUAAAAAUUAAUUUCAAAAACGAACCCCAAAAAGAAAUAUUCUUUUACGAAUAAAAAUCGAUUUGAUUAUUAAUAUAAUUAUUAAUGUAAUUGUGACAGAUAAAAUGAAACAAAAUGUUAACUAGCUCAGCUAUUUACUUAAAUCUUUGCUGCCUUACUCACGUGUAAAACAAUUAUUAGUGGAGACUCUAUCUCUAUCUCUCUCUCUAUCUAUCACUGAUGAAUCUAGCUGAAUAAUGGGGAGUAAUAAAAAGUGUAAAAUUUAGAAUGAAACCAGGAGAUUAAUUAAAAAAAAUAUAUUAAUUUGAAUCUAGUGCCUCCGCAAAUUAGACUCAAAUAAUAGCGAGUAGCGCACAAACAGCACAAUAAACGAUGCGAAGGAGAAAAUAAAUAGAGUUAAUUAAAUAACAAAUCGUAAUACCUAAUUGUAACCCCAAAAAUGAUUAUUGUUAGAUUAUUAUCUUUCAAGUAUAAUUCAGCUAACAAACUAUAACUUCAUCGCAAUCAAUUUAUUUUCUUCCAUCAACAUUUAUUAAAUAAGAAAAACAUAUCUAAUUCAUACAGUGUGAUUCAAUAUUUAUAUAAUAUCUCAAAAACGGUUUAAGAUAACGAAAUCUUUUUUCAGUAAAAAACUAUUUAAUUUUAUGUGAUUUAUUUUUUAUUUUAUUUCGUUUCCACAAAUCAUUAUUCCACGUUCUAAACACAGAAAGUGUUUGGAUAGUUUACAUAAAUGUUUAGAAUUCCUUUGCUUUUUGUUCGACGCGCAAACUGCAUACCGCUUUGUUUUGUACGUCAAUUUAAAUUUGUUUUUUUAUUAACAAUAAAUAAUCACAGGUAAAAAGGUCAGAGGGAAAAUAGUGUAGGAAAAAUAAAAAUUAUGAACAGGCCCAGAAAAAAUAUGCUGAUAAAAGCUGAUUAUUAGAUAACAAGAAGGAAUAUGAAGAGAAGAAGCAAUAACAUGGCAACUUGCAUAAGAAAAUAACAUGCGCAGAAGAAAAAUAUCUUAGGCAGAAAGAUAACAUUAUUCCUAGAUAUAAAAUAUUUUGUACACAAGCUAAAUAGCUUAGUCAGAGGUAAAAUAAUGCGAGGGUAUCAGGAAUAGGCGGAGAAGCAAAAUAUGGCUAAAAGCUAAUCAUUAGAUAAAAAAUGGUAAUUUGCAAAAGAAAACAUCAUGCGCAGAAGCAAAACAUCAUAGACAGAAAGGUAUUUAAUCCCAGGCACAAAAUAUCUUGGACACAAAAAAAUGUCUUGCUCAGACAGAAAGAAUUGUGGUCGAAAUAAAUAUCAUGAAUACGCAUAGAAGAAAAUAUUAUGCCCAGAAGCAAAAUAUCACAUUAUGCCCAUAUUAUCAUGGUUGAAAACUUGAAAGCGAAACAUCAUGCUCAAAAGCCAGUAAAAAUUAAUAGCAUAAGCAGGUGUAGUAGAAAACAUUAUGCUCAGAAACAAAAUAUCAUCGUUAAAAGUAAAACAUUGAUACCAGAAACGGAAUAUCUUGCACAGAAUUAAAAAUACGUACUCAAUGUGAACUCAAUGUACUCAUAUGUACUCAAUGAAUGUAUUGUGUGAUAGUAACACAUCAUGAUUGAAGACCGGUAAUUGAAAAAGCGAAAUAUAAAAAGCAGAAGUAAUAUCGCGACAAUUUGCAGAAAAUAACAUCAUGCGCUAAAAGAAUAUUGUUGUCGUGAACAAAAUAUCUUAGGUUGAAUCAAAAAAUCAUACUAACAGAUUCUAUUCAAUAAAACAUUCGUACGCUGAAGCUAAAUGUCAUGGGUAAAAGCAUUUUAUUCCACACAGAAAUGAAACGGCAGGAGCAAAAGUAAUAUCAUGGCAACUUGUAGACGAAAUAUCAUGCAUAGCAGCGAAGUAUCAUAGCCAGUAAGAAAAAAUUGUUCCCAGUAACAAGAUAUUUUGGACAGAAAGACAAUAUCGUGCUAAAAGGAAAACAUUAGGAGUAAAAAAAUAUCAUGAAUACAUCCAGAAAUAUUAUAUCAUAGGCAGAAGGAAAAGCUUAGUUCGAGAAAUAAAUCAUCUUGUGUAGAAGGAAAAUACCCUGGUCAUAGGAAAAUAUUUAGCAUCUCAUGCGCAAUACUUAAAUAUUAUAUGCAGAAGGAUGGCAAUACUUCCAGAAACAAAAUAACUUGCGCAGAAGCUUGCGUAGUUAAAAUAUUAUGAACAAAGGAAAUUAUCAUGGGUAAAACCCAAUCAUUACAUGAAUAGAUGAAUUAUCAGGAACAGAUAUAAUACCAUAGCAAUUUGAAGAAGAGAACUUCAUGCGCAGAAGCAAAAUAUCAUUGGCAAUAUUAAAACAUUACUUAAUAAUAUGGAGGGCUGAAAAUAUGCACAGAAACAUAUUUAUUUUUAUUACGAUAAGUAAAAACAAUCCAUAUUAGGCACAAAUGCAUUGGGAAGCCGUUUAUGAUGACACAAAUGCCACUAACGAUGAUUUUGAUGUAUGAUGAAACUUGUGGUAAUCUGUUUUUGGCAUAUACUUCGCACCUCUGCUGGGUUGACAUCUACAUUUCAAUAAUACAAUUCGUUUUCAAAUCAAUUUUAUUUUUUGAGAAAUAUUUUUUACUGAAUCAAGAUUUCCAUCAUAGCGCUGGCAAACAUUUUUAGUAAGUGUAUGGUGUAUUCCGCGCAGAACUGUUGCGCAAAGUUUCUUUGGCAUGUUCAAACUUGUCGCGACAUGACUUUAAUACGUUUGGUAUAAAAUAUAUAUUUUUUAACUAACUCAAAAUUCUUAUGAAAUGAUUUUUGACUUAUUAUGAUACACUGUAUGAAAAACUGGAAUAUUUUUUAAAUUUUGAAAUAGAUAAGAUUGCUCAUUUGUCUUCCACUUAAAUACAAGUUCAUUUCAAAAAAAUAAUUAAUGUUAUAUCAAUUAAAUAAUUAAAAUAAAAUGUACCCAAUAUAACUCCAUAAAAACCGCUUUUCCAAAGAAUAAUAUUAAAUAUAUAAAUUUAAGUAAACACAUAAUCAUGAUAAGUUUAUUUUAUGAUCUUUUUUUCUAAAUUUUAAUGUUUACAUAUCCAAUCAAAACCGACUCAAUUCUGAGACGACACGAAUUUACAAGAACAAACAAAAAAUAAUACCUACUCCAAAAUAAAGAAAAAUCCUUCGCGAGUUAAUUAAGAUUUUCGGUUAAAAUGUAAGUAAGAAAAGAACCCAAAUGCAAAAAUCUACUUAAACGAGCUAUUAUCGAGAAUAAGAAAAAAAAUUAAAAAAAUCGUAACGGGAAAUAAGAACAAACAAAAAAAAAGGUUAGUGGACUCAUAAAGAAAAGGUUAGUGUUUUUAGCAACGACAGUUUUUCCUAUAAUAAUUUUUCCCCACCGAAAAGCUAAAUUGUGUACGUUUAGGAAAUAAAAAUAAACGCUAAACGUAAGUAGUAACGUCAAUAAAGAUCAAUAAAAUAAUGAUAGACAUAAAACGAUAAAAAGAUUUAACCAAAAAAAAAUAAAAAUUAAAAAAAAACUAACAAAAACGACCAGUAAUCUUGUACAUUUUAUAAGAGUAGUAGGUUUUUAAUAAGUGCACACACACGAAA